CAGAAACCUCCCCCCCACAAACCCACAAUGGCUCCAACUAAAACACCCUCCACUUUCAAUGCCUUGUUCUUCUUCCUCUUCUUCAUUUUAAUCCUCUUCUCCAUCUGCCACUCGUCUCUUGUUUAUUCUCUUCCUCAAAAACAAGAAGAAAACCAACAGUUUCAAGUCCUUAACGUGGCUGCGUCCAUUCAUAAAACUCUUCAACUCUUCUCAAAAACGACUCCUCCGUCCCCCACCAUUACCGCCGCCGCCUCCGCUGCUAAUUCAUCCGUAUUCUCAGUUUCUCUCCAUCCACGCAUUUCUGUGGUGAAACCCCACCACCAAAACUAUUCUGCACUCACAAUAUCCCGACUAGCCUACGACUCAGCUCGAGUCAACUCCAUCAACUACAAGCUUCAACUCUCUAUUUCUCAAACCGUUCAUCAAAGGCUCAUCCAACCCGAGGACCUGCAAUCCCCAGUAACCUCAGGGGAAAGCCAGGGAACCUUUGAGUACUUGGCCAGGGUCGGGUUGGGCCGACCCGUUAAAGAAUUCUUCAUGUCCAUAGACACUGGAAGCGACGUUAGCUGGCUCCAGUGCCAGCCUUGUGACUUUUGUUACCAACAGUCCGACCCGAUUUUUAACUCAUCCGGAUCAUCCACUUUUAAUACCCUAUCAUGCUCUUCCCGAGAGUGUAAUUCCCUUAAAAUCAACGGUUGCACUGAUGACAUGUGUCAUUAUUACGUGUCUUAUGGGGAUGGGUCAUUUACGUCUGGGGACUUUGGCACGGAAACGGUGACGUUUGGGAGGUCCGGUUCAGUUAGCAAUGUUGCUGUCGGAUGCGGGCAUGAUAAUGAGGGGUUAUUUUCUGGAUCAGCCGGUUUAAUCGGUUUAGGAGUUGGAUCGCUGUCAUUUCCUUCACAAAUUAAAGCCACGUCGUUUUCGUAUUGUCUCGUGGAUAUGGACUCCCAUUCAUCUUCAACUCUCGAAUUCAACUCAACUCCACCUAGUGGCUCAAUCAUUAUUCCAAUGGUUUAUAACCCGAAAUUCGAUAUAUACUUUUAUGUAGAUCUCGUGGGAAUUAGUGUCGCGGGAGCAAAAUUGCCGAUUCAACCCUCGGUUUUUCAGGUUGAAAGUGACGGGACCGGGGGAGUUAUGGUUGACUCGGGAACAAUAGUGACUCGACUAGUGCCUCCGGCAUACGAGUCCUUGCGUGACACUUUUGCUAAGCAUGCUAAGAACCUACAUCCCACGAGUGGUUAUUCUCUGUUUGAUACAUGUUAUGAUUUGUCCUCUAUCCCUGACGAAGUGGAGGUUCCAACUGUGUCGUUUCAUUUUUCGGGUGGGAAAACGUGGCUGUUGAAGUCGAAAAAUUGCCUAAUCCCAGUUGAUUCCAGGGGCAAGUUCUGCUUCGCUUUCGCUCCUUCAGACUCAAUUUCCAUCAUUGGUAAUAUACAGCAGCAAGAGACGCGCAUCAGUUAUGAUUUGGCCAAGAAACUAAUUGGUGUCAGCCCGGCUAAAUGCUAAGGCUAUAUAUAUAGCUGUUUCUUGGAAUUAAAAUUCAAUUAGGAUUUAAUACUGAUAAAACUAGAAUCUCAAAUAACUUGGAUUCUAUUAUUUA